AUGCGGGCGCUUAGGUUUUUCGGCAGCCGUGCCGCUGCGCUUGGCGUGGGUGCCGCGCAACUCGUGGCGGUCCGGGCGCCCUGCCGUUGCCUCUCACAGCAGGGGAUCGUUGCCGCCGACGUGCGGGCCGAUGACACUUCCGGCGACGGCUCCGCGCUUAGCGCCACGGCGUCGCCAUUUGCAGACGACACGUUUGCCGGCGAGUUUGACGAACUUGAGGCGGCCUCGCAGGAGAUACACGACCUCUGCUUUGCGAUGAUCUGCCACCUGCAGAAGGUCGACCCGGACGAGACGAAGGAUCUUUUUGAGAAGCGCGGCGCCCGCCGGUUUCGCGAGCCGGUUCCUGAGAACAAGCGGCGUCUGCUGCACGGCUACGGCUCGAGGAGUCUUCGCCGCAGGAACUGCUACAGAACAAGGCAAGAGUACGAGGAGGCGACGCAGCUGUUUCUUCAGUUCGGGGAGAAGCUACUUCUGCUGCUUACCAAACCAGUGCUGGACCGCAUCAUUGAAUCUGCUGGGAGGGGCUACAGCGAUCAUCGCUCGGAUGGGGUGCACAAAUAUCGGAAGCCUCUGGAGCGAGCAAGUUGGCGCGGUUUUCCAUAUCGGUGGUACAAGCACGCACCGUUCGAGGUGCAGCAGCUCCGUGCUGACAUGCCGGAGGUGGCGGUCAAGAACACCAGGACGAUGCGGGAUCUCUCCACCAUACGUUCCCUGUUUACCCUCAUGGAGCCACAGCACUCGUUUAGGUCUGCCAUUGAAAAUCGCCUCUUUGAAAUUACGCGAGAGUAUGAUGCUGUUCAGAAGGUUAACAAGGGCGGUACUCUCGCUUCCCUCCCGCUACAUACACCUUGA